GUACGGAGGCCAAACGAUCAUUCUUCCCUUUCCCCCCUUUUUUUUAUAUAUAAAAAGAGAAAAGGAUGGCUCAACAACAACAACAACAACAACAGUUCGAGUACUUGUCGUCACCUUCGUCCUACCUGCAUCUUACUGCGGACAGCGCCAAAACAACGCUAUGGAUGGGAGACCUUGAACCAUGGAUGGAUGAGAAUUACAUUCGUCAAGUAUGGCUAGCGCUUGGUGAAAGUGUCAUUGUAAAGUUGAUUCGCGACAAAAGAACUGGUGUCAGUGCCGGCUACGCUUUUGUAGGUUUCACAUCGGGAAUAGCAGCUCAAAGGGCCCUUGCUACCGUCCAUGGUACCCGGAUGCCAAACAUGCAACGAGUGUUUCGGCUCAACUGGGCUUCUGGUGGAGGCAUUCAUGACAGAAAAGAGGAUCGUGCGCCUGAAUACAGUUUGUUCGUGGGUGACCUAAGCAGCGAAGUGGAUGAAACCUUACUAUUGAACCUAUUCCGACAACAUUAUCCAUCGUGCCACUCGGCCAAAGUAAUGACAGAUCCCAUCUCAGGCCUUUCACGAGGCUAUGGCUUUGUACGCUUUCACGACCCGAACGAACAACAGACGGCAUUGGUAGAAAUGAACAAUGUAUACUGCGGUAACCGACCGAUGCGAGUAUCGCUCGCCACGCCUAAAAACAGCAAUGCACGUUAUCAUCAGCUGGCACUCCAAGCACCGGCCCUCGUGCAGCAGCCAACUGACCCCAGCAACACUACCGUCUUUGUCGGAGGCCUGUCGUGCCCCGUGACCGAAGAGGAACUGCGCCGUUACUUUAGCCCGUUUGGUGACAUUGUCUAUGUCAAGAUCCCUCCCAACAAAGGCUGUGGGUUCGUUCAGUACGUUUCGCGUCAGUCGGCCGAACUUGCUAUUGAGCAAAUGAAUGGCUUUCAAAUUGGUUCGUCAAGAAUCCGCUUGUCUUGGGGCAGGUCGCAAACCGACAAGUCGCUCCCUCAUGCCGCAAGUGCUACGACUCUUGUUACUGUCACCAAUAACAAUAAUAGUGCGGCAGCACCAGGAUCGUUCUUGCCUACUACUACUACUACUUCUACUGCUGCUGCUACUACUGCUGCAUCACUUUUAAGAUACCAACAGCAACACCAACAAGCUAGUACAACACAUCCAUCUUUGGAUGCGCCGUUGAGCCUCGCCAUGGGACCCACGAAUAGUGCUACCAGUGGUGCGACAAGCAUCGAUACUUUUGGAUCGUUUUCUCCUCCUCUGGCUCGGCACCAGUUCUCGCCUACCACCGGUGUCUUUUCCUCCUCCUCAGAUUUCAACAGCACAAACCUCAAACCGGAAGAUCCCGUCAACAACACCUGGUUUCUUUUGAAAAACAGUCGCGAUCAAGACACUUCUUGGAGGCUCAACGGAAUUUACGCAUAAAUCAACCAAAAAAAAAAAAAAAAAAA